AUAAGCAUUGACCAAAUACCGCGUCAAGUGGUGGAAUAUUCUAGACCCAUCCAAAGCAAAAUUCCUGGCGUAUCUUCCUCGGUUGAUUGUUCUAGAUUCUUCUAUUAAUUCCUUAUAAAUAAACAACCCUAUUUCCUUCAUUCAUCAUCAAUCUCAAUUCUCAAAAUACAAACUCUAGUUCCAAAAUCAAAUCUCUCUUUUCUUUCUUUCUCUUGUUAAUCAAAUCAAAUUCAUCAUCAUCAUGCAGAUCUUCGUGAAAACCCUAACCGGUAAAACCAUAACCCUAGAGGUUGAAUCCUCCGACACCAUCGACAACGUCAAAGCCAAAAUCCAAGAUAAGGAAGGAAUUCCACCAGACCAACAGCGUCUCAUCUUCGCCGGAAAACAACUCGAAGACGGGCGUACUCUUGCCGAUUAUAACAUCCAAAAAGAAUCCACACUCCAUCUCGUUCUCCGUCUCCGUGGCGGCAUGCAAAUCUUCGUCAAAACCCUAACUGGCAAAACCAUCACACUCGAAGUCGAAUCUUCUGACACAAUCGACAACGUGAAGGCAAAGAUUCAAGAUAAAGAAGGAAUUCCUCCUGAUCAACAACGAUUGAUCUUUGCAGGAAAGCAAUUGGAAGAUGGUAGAACUCUUGCUGAUUAUAAUAUCCAGAAAGAGUCUACGCUUCAUUUGGUUCUUAGGUUACGUGGUGGAAUGCAGAUUUUUGUGAAGACUUUGACGGGGAAGACGAUUACUUUGGAGGUUGAGAGUUCUGAUACUAUUGAUAAUGUGAAGGCCAAGAUUCAAGAUAAGGAAGGUAUUCCGCCGGAUCAGCAACGAUUGAUCUUUGCUGGUAAACAGCUUGAAGAUGGAAGGACUCUUGCUGAUUAUAAUAUUCAGAAAGAAUCUACGCUUCACCUUGUUCUCAGGCUCCGUGGUGGUGGCAAUGUAUAAGUUGAUUGCAUAAGUUUCUCUAUGUUAUGUUUCCUUUGAUAUGAAUGUUUGUUCUGUUAUUUGUUGAAAGUUAAUCAAUAAAAGUUUUAAUUUUCUAUCAA